CGAUUGUACUGAAGUGAAUCGACUGGUCUGACUGAACCGUUCGUUUCAGUUAUCAGUAAUCCGUAAUUAUUGUUAUCUACGCUGAGAAAAUUGAUUGAAGUUGAGUGUUUAAAAUAAAAUAAUUUUAUGUAAUUUGUGUUCGGUGUUUUGUGUAUUAACAAAUAAUUUAAAGUAAUUGAAUUAUAUACAUAGUUUUUGUCUGAAGACAUGCUUCAAAAACCGUACAUCUGCAAAUUUUUUCAUCAGCUAUGAAAUACUUUAUGCAUUGAGUCUGCAAUGUGUUAUGGAACAUAUUGACUUCAUCGUGAUGUAUUCAGCAGACAGUAAUAAAAAAUCUAACGACAGUGAUUAUAGCGAUGAAAAUCACGAAAAACUUAGCAAGAAAGACCUGCUGAUCGGUAAGCGAAAAGAUAAGAAAGAUAAAGGAUAUGCCACUCUCGAAGGAGAAAGUUCACCGGAAGAAGAAGUUGAUACAAAAUCACCAGGUAAAGCCAGAAAAACGAAAUCUUUCAAGUUUUCUUCGAAGAAAGAAAAACGAGAAAAAUCUAGAGAAAAAGAGAAUAAAGAAUCUGAAAAGAAAAAGGAUAGUGACAAGGAUAAGGAUAAGAAAAAAGACAAAGAUAAGCUUAAGAUAAAAUUGAAGGAUAAAAAGAAACCAAAAGGCGACCACAGUGUAGACAUUAGUGAAGAGUUACCCAUAUUUGGCUGUCCGUUGGGUGCCGCUGUACAACGAGAUCCUUGUCAUGACGGAGUUGAAAUACCAUUGGUAAUAAGAAAUUGCAUCGAUUACGUGCAGGAACAUGGAUUGUUGGCAGAAGGAGUUUAUAAGGUAUCGGGAGUAAAAUCAAGGGUCCAAUAUGUCUACGGUUUAUAUAACAAGAGGAAAACUGUCUAUGAAAGUGAUUUCGAUUUGACUAUUGCAACAAGCUUAUUAAAACAAUUUUUAAGAUCAUUACCUGAACCUAUUCUAACCAAAGAAAUGCUACCGAAAUUUGAAGACGUCACGCUUACGAAAGACGCAGAAGGGCUAAAAUCGUUUGUUGAGCAGUUACCGGGAUAUAAUAGAGCUUUAAUAAAAUGGUUAUUCAUUCAUUUUAAAAAUAUCUGCUCCAACGAGAAAGUCAAUAAGAUGAAUGCUUCUCUAUUGGGCGCUAUAUUUUGUCCGUUACUCGACAUGAGUCCACGUCUAUUUAAUAGUUUUUUGGCAUGGGUUGAUGAAUUGUUUCCAGAUACUGUGCUUACUCGCUAUGUACCACCCAUGCGUUGUGUUAGUCCAAACAUGCCUAUUACUUUAGAAGCUGUAACAUGCGAAUUAACUAAGCAAGAAUCGCUGCUAGGGCAAAUUCAUUUUGAAAUGAAUGCGGGAUUUAUAAGUAAAGAAAAAGAAGACCAAUUAUGGGGCGUACAAAGAAAUAUCACUCAGCUAAAGCGUAAACUGAAAUCGUUGGAAAAAGAAAUACAACAAAAACUGAAAGCACAAGAAUCUACAUCUUCUUUGCAAGAAACGGAUAAAGAUGAGGAAGGUGAAACGACUGCCAAUGCUUCAGAUGGGAGUGUUAGUUUGGUAACGGAAAAACUCAAUGAGAAUACAAGAGCUGACACAACUCCCAGUGUAGAUGAAUCUUUAGAUAAGCAAAUAAACUACGAAUCUAGUCAAGAAAAUUUAAAUCAUCCUCCUAGUGAAGAUAGCGACGAUGAAACAAAAGCAUUGGAAUUUGAAAGUGAAGAAUUGAUAAGUCUAAUGGAAGCUAUGCAAGAAGAAAUAAAAAUCGAACGCUUGAAAAUAAAUCAAUUGAAAGCUGAAUUAAGUGCAGCCAAACUUGAUACCAGUGUCAAUGAAUAUUUAUCAAAUCUGCCCGACGAAUUGAUCAAAGAUGAGAAUAAUCGAGAAGCUAUAAGCGAGUACAACAGACUGCAAAUACAGCAAAAAAUUUUGAUCCAUACUAUAAUGGAAGAACGAGAAUCAAUUGUCGACUUGAAAGUUCAGAUUGCUAUGGCUCAGUAUAAAUAUAAACAAGCAAAUUUACAUUGAAAAUGCGUCCAUUUAGAUGAUGAACUGGACAAAGAUACUCAGCAUAAAUUUCACUUCGUCAAUUUUAAUUAUGCAGACAAUGUGAAAAUGUAUUAGCCUAAGUACAACACUUUUAUCGACAAGCUUACGUCAAUCCAUUUGAGUUGCUUACUAUGUAUUUGACAUAAGAUAAUUGCGGCGUUGAAGGGACAACAUAUGUUACUAUCGUUACGGCGCGAAUUUACAAAUCGAAAAUGUCUUUUAUUAAUAAAAAUUAAUUAGGUACAUUACAUUCCUCUAUCAUUUUUAUGUUAUCGAUGAAUUUUUGAAUGAACUUGUAUCAUACAACUCUUGUAGACGUAUUUUGAAUAAAUAAUGUUUUUGUAUAAAA